ACCGGCUGGAGCCACAGGUUAAUCAGACGCACUGACGCAGCCAUAUAAACUUUGCUAAUGUCGGCAAAUAUUACUAAAUAUGUUGCUCACUUCGGUCAGCGCAAAGUUAAAACCACCUGGUUGGUAACUUGUUGCACUAUACGAAAGAUAAAGAGGACCAUAAAACUCUCCUUGGACCCUUUGAGGAGUAGAUGUCUCCCGCCUGCUGCAGCUUCGGUCUGAACUGUUGCUGCCAUCGUCUCCCAUUCUGCAUCUUUCCUCUGCCCAUGCUUCAGACAUGCCAUGGAUUUCCUCGGUGCCGCAGUUCUGUAACUCUCCCACUAUGAUUGUGAUGGUGGGGUUGCCAGCCAGAGGGAAGACGUACAUCUCCAAGAAGCUCACUCGCUACCUGAACUGGAUCGGAGUGCCUACAAAAAUGUUCAACGUGGGCCAGUACCGCAGGGAGGCUGUCAAGAUCUAUAAGAACUUUGAGUUCUUUAAACCGGACAAUGAGGAGGCCAUGAGGAUCCGCAAGGCCUGUGCAGCAGCCGCCCUCAAAGACGUUGCUGCCUACUUCUCAAAGGAACAGGGACAAGUAGCCGUGAGUAAGAGGACACCUGAAACUGUCCCUUAAUCACACACUGAUUAU